AUGGCCAAACUCAAGUCCGUCCCCGGCAGUAACCAGCCUACUAGCAAAGCUGCCGCUGCCCCUCGCAAAGCCAAGGGUAGUAUUUCAAAGACUGCGACAAAGUCCAAGUCGAAGUCUUCUGGCGCAGGGUCCGCUGGCCCCGACAAAGAUUUGAUGCUUCUCUAUUAUGUCGUCCAGUCUGCUGGAGGUGCUCCUGACUAUGGCGAAGUGGGCCGCAAGCUCGGCUGUUCACGCCCUGCUGCACAGAAGCGAUUUGCUCGCCUGAAGGAUCGCAUCGAGAAGGCGGAGCUUGACAACUCCAUUACAUUCCCAAAUCUUACCUCGGCUGAAGCCGAUAAGACGAGCACUGAAGAUGCCGGUGAGCCUGAGGUGGAGAACGCCGCAGAUUAUGAAGAUGCCACAGAAUCUGGAGAUGCCGCGGACCUCGGAGAUGAGAAUCUUUUGGAGUAUAAGGACUCCGAGGAUGGCAACGAAAACGAAGACGCGGAUCAGUACAAGCCCGUCUCUGAGAUUGUCUAG